AUGGCUAGCUCCAAAGGAUCACAGAGUGUGAUGUAUCCAGGAAAGCAUGCUUUGCUCCCUCCAAAAAUACCAUUUCAUAGCGUAUCAGCACCGUAUUCCGAGUAUAUUCCCAGUGGUUUCAUUGGUUCGAGGCACGGUCAAAAGCUUAGUGAUGAGAAAACACACCACCAACGGACUUCCUCCGAGAGCCAUUUGGUAGAAGAACUUCCCUUUUGGCUUGAUCAUCUUCUCAAUGAGCCAGACAGCCCUGCUCGCAAAUGCGGUCAUCGGCGUUCAUCGAGUGACUCUUACGCUUAUCUAGACGUGGCUAAUGCUACAAACAUAAGUUUGACCCUCCAAAAUGAUUUCGGUUAUAGGAAUACCACUCAAAGGGGAAUUCAGGACGCGGCCUUCUACUCCGAUGCUAAUUUUUUAAAACACAAUAAUCAUUCGUUGGGGGCAUCUGGGGCUCGUCCUUGUUGGCUACCUUCCGCUCGAGAGAGGGUUUGUGGGAAAAACAUGGGAGCAUCAUAUAUGUCUCAAGAAGCAACAGUAGAAACAAACAACUAUGCGGAAACGCUUUCUCAUGACCCUAAAAGGUUCUCUUCUGAGGAAAACAAUUCCAAUCCUCAGCCUGUGACGUAUGAGGCUGACAAUAUAAAACGAGCCAAACAGCAAUUUGCACAACGAUCACGGGUCCGUAAGCUCCAGUACAUAUCUGAGCUAGAAAGGAAUGUACAAGCAUUGCAGGCGGAAGGAUCCAAAGUUUCAGCUGAGCUUGAUUUUCUCAACCAGCGGAAUCUUAUUCUGAGUAUGGAAAAUAAAGCUCUUAAGCAGCGACUAGAAAGUAUAGCUCAAGAGAAGCUGAUCAAACAAUUGGAGCAGGAGGUGCUGGAAAAGGAGAUUGGAAGACUACGAGUACUUUAUCAGCAACAACAACAAAAAACUCAUAAACCAUCAGUAAGACACGGACGUGCUACAAGCAAAGAUCUCGAAUCUCAGUUCUCAAGUCUUUCCCUGAACACCAAUGAUUCCAACUGUAGGCGUGGCUCUGUAUCUGCGAUGGGUCAGUUCCACUUUUAG